CUUGAGCAUGUUUCGCGGGAGCAAUUCAGCCAAUCCACAAGGGUUCUCGCUCUCAUCCCUAUCCCUGUCAGGAUGGAUCCAGCUCAUCAGGAGUCCAGACAAGGGUGCGAACCCACCGUUCCUCGCGAUGAUGGUGACAUCGGAGCAAGAACACACACAUUUGGCCUUCGGCAGUUCUGACCCAGUCGUCAGGGCCUUGAGAGCUCAGAAAAGAGCCCAUGCGACUUAAGACCCUUAGUUGCUGACGUCGCCAUGAACCCUGAUGGGUGACAUUCGGUCUCCGAGCGAGCUUCCUUCUUGCUUGCCCCCUUUUCUCGCUUCUUUUGAGCUAGAGAGUGGACAGGCUGAGAUCAUUCCCUCCUUCGAUCACUUGGAUGACUGACAACCUUUGUACUUUUUCGAAAUGACCGCAAAGGAUGAUUCAGUGAGUGGGAUACUCACCCAGUCGUCUCCAAAUGUAUCGACGCCGAGUCAAAGUCAUCAGAGUAUGGGAUCAGAGGCGGUCAACAGCUCCGAGGAUGAGAAAUCCAAGUACGGUUUCAACGAGCAGACCAAUUAUGUCCGCCCCCGAACCAUCGUCACGAUAUUUCUGGCUUGCGCAAGCGUGGACCUUGUUGCUCUUAUGGACCAGACCACACUGGCAGCUAGCUUGAACAUCAUUGGGAACGCCCUCAACGCCAGCAACCAAACGGCUUGGAUUGCCAGUGGAUAUUUCAUAACAUCCACGGUGGGCCAGCUUCUCUAUGGACGGCUAUCGGACAUUUGGUCCCGUAAAGUAAUUCUUCUCAUUGGUUUGGUGGUCUUCUUCACCGGAUCUCUGGCCUCUUCAGUCGCAAACUCGGGUACCCAAUUGAUCAUCUUCCGAGCCUGGACGGGUAUCGGAGGGGGCGGGCUCAUGACCGUCGCACAGAUGAUUGUGAGUGAUGUGGUGCCGCUCAGGGAAAGGGGCAAGUACCAGGGCAUAUUGGGUGCAGUUGUCGCCAUAGCAAAUGGCAUCGGACCUGUUGUUGGUGGUGCGCUGGCCUCGCAGUCUCAGGACUCGUGGAGAUGGAUUUUCCGCCUGAACAUGCCACUUACGCUUCUUUGCACGCUCUGCGUCAUCUUUUUUAUGCCGCUCAGGAAGGUCGAAGGGAACUGGAGAGUCAAGCUGAAGGCCGUUGAUUUCGUCGGAAGUUUCCUUGCCCUGGCGGGAACUACUGUGCUCAUGCUGGGAUUGACUUGGGGCGGCGCAGAUCACCCUUGGAACUCGGCUCACGUCAUUGCCACCCUCGUUGUUGGGUUCUUUGUGUGUGCAGGCUUCGUCUUAUGGCAGUGGAAAGGCGCCAGGUUUCCGCUGGUUCCAUUACACAUUUUCAAGUCCAAGAUUGUGAAUGGUGCCUGCAUCACCAUGGCAAUCAACGGAUGGAACUUCGUCGUUCAAGUCUACUACAUCCCCGCCUUCUACCAACUCGCCUAUGGGUACUCGGCAACCAAGGCCGGCGCAAUGCUGCUUCCCAUAACCCUUACCCAAACCUUGUUCAGCACGUUAUCUGGACUGGUGGUGCAUAAGAUCGGGCGCUACCGAGAGUGCAUCUUGUUGGGCUGGGUAAUGUGGGCUGUUGGCGUCGGUCUGUUGUCGACUCUCGACGAGAGCUCCGGCGUGGGCAAACAGGUGGGUUACUCAUUGCUCGUGGGUGCUGGGGUUGGAAACACACUUCAACCGGCUUUGAUAGCGAUUCAAGCCGGGGUGAGCCGAAGAGACAUGGCCGUGGUCACGUCUUUCCGCAACUUCAUACGGAACUUUGGAAGCACUAUUGGUCUCGCGAUUUCCGGUACGCUUAUCAACAACAUUCUUGCGGGCAGUAUAGCAACUCUUGGGUUGGACGACGAAGACUCGAGGAAGCUGCUUGCGAACCCUCAGCAUGUUCUCUCCACGCUCUCGCCGACGGAGUCAGAUAGGCUGCGCGCCGCGAUCCUGCCAGGAUACAGGAGAGCAUUCCGAAUCAUCUUCCUCGUCAUGUCGGGACUUGCCGCAGUGGCCUUUUUUGUGGCAUUCUUAAUGAUGCCCCAAGUAGAGCUGAGCAGACCUGACGAUGCGAAGUUGAAGGAGGAUGCUCAGGAAAAGAAGGACGAGGCCAGCCAUGAAUCUUCAUGAACGGUACUUUCGGUCCGGAUAGCAUGACUGUAUGUAAAGCAGAAUGUAAAUUCCAAGGUAAUGGCCUGAUUUGUUGAGUCUGCUGAACAUGUUUUGGAUAAGACGGUGCGCUGAACAAUUUCAACCGGCUUGGUUCAGUUAACAGAAACGGUAAGAUGCCGAUGGGCACACGUUUCAAGAUCAUCACGAGUGAAAAGCCAUGAU